AUGAAGUUCUCCAUCUCCGCAAUUGGUCUUGGCCUUGCCAGCCUCACUUCAGCUAUCACUGUUUCCUACGACACCGGCUAUGAUGACGGAAGCCGUGCUCUGACUGCAUUGGCUUGCUCUGAUGGCGCGAACGGCCUCAUCACCAAGUACGGCUGGAACACUCAGGGCAACGUUCCCGGAUUCCCUCGCAUUGGUGGCUACCAGGGAGUAGAGGGCUGGAACUCCGCACAGUGCGGCACCUGCUACGGCGUCACCUACAACGGCAAGACCGUCUAUGUUCUGGCCGUCGACCAUGCUGCUAGUGGUUUCAACCUCGCCAAGCAAGCCAUGGAUGAGCUUACGAACGGCCAGGCUGCACAGCUUGGUCGCAUCGACGCUCAGUAUGCGCAAGUGGCCACCAACAACUGCGGCUUCUAA